CACGCCCCCCUUGUGUACUUCCACAUUUGCAAUCUCACCUGAGGAGGAGAAGAGGGCUGAAAUGAACAGCAAACUGGAUGUCAACCAAAUAUAAAACGGCAAAAACAGCCAGAACAGUGACGGGAUCUGUUACAUUAUAUUUUCAGUGACAAGUCAAACCUUCCCCAGCACGAUGUCUGUGAGGAGAGUUGAAAAGACAGUUUUGAGUGUGGAACAGUCGGAGGGAGUGGGUGCUCGUGUCCGCAGGAGCAUUGGGAGAAAGGAGCUGAGGAACCUGGAUCCCUUCCUGAUGUUGGAUGAGUUCAGAGUGAGCAAGCCGGCAGGUUUUCCAGACCAUCCUCACAGAGGAUUUGAGACGGUUACGUAUGUUUUAGAGGGGAUCACAGUGCAUGAAGACUUCUGUGGCCAUUCAGGGCGACUGAAACCGGGAGAUCUGCAAUGGAUGACUGCAGGACGAGGGGUUGUCCACGCUGAGAUGCCCGUGUCAGAAGAGCCGGUGGUGGGCUUACAGCUGUGGGUGAACCUGCCGAGUCGAGACAAGAUGGUGGAACCUACGUACCAGGAGCUGAAAGGCUCUGAGAUCCCCACACCUAGCCAGGGAGGAGUUACAGUGGCCGUCAUAUCCGGAGAGGCUUUAGAAGCAAAGUCUAAAGUUUACACGAGGACACCAACCUUGUACCUGGACUUCAGACUGCAGGCUGGGGCCUUGCAUGUACAGCCAGUCCCCUCAGGAUGGACUGCAUUCAUCUACACACUCUCAGGAUCCAUUCAUGUGGUCUGGUGCAAUCACAACCAGCUGGCUGUGGUGACUGGUUUCCUACUGGCCCAGAUCAGGAGCAGCAGAAGGUCGAGCCCCAUCACACGGUGGUGUUUGGAGAUGGAGACUGUGUCAAAUUUGAAAACAAGGGCUCUGAAGUUUCCCAUUUUGUACUGAUUGCUGGAGAACCAAUCAAAGAGCCUGUGGUACAGCACGGUCCAUUUGUAAUGACCACAGAAGAAGAGAUCAGACAGGCUAUCAGGGACUACAGUACAGGCACAAAUGGCUUUGAGAGAGCCGUAAACUGGAGGUCAAAGAUCAGAGAUUCUCUCUGAACACUACAUGUUGCACUGAUUGUUGGUGAAAAGUUUGCCUUACUUGUAAGAAGAAUAUUUAAAAAAAUAUUUUUUUCUCUUAACUUUUUUA